AUGCAUGAGCUAUUGUUGUUCGCCUCGGUCCCCGUUCAUCAGCAUCAUGAGCUCCUUCAGCAGCUCACCGGGCUGACGGCCAUGCAGCCUCGCCACGCCCUCGAGCGUCGGCUGAUCUUCAAGGCCUAUCGGAAACCAGGUCUGGCCACCGUUCGCACGGGGGGCAGCCAAGACCUGCAGUCAGGAGAUUUGCAACGCGUCAACAAGAUGCUCAAUGGUGGCAUGUUCUACACCCAGGUUAUCGGCCCCGUCUCAGACUCCGCCUUUGGGGCCGCCCCGGCCCCGGAUCCUGACACCCAAAUGGCCGGCAUGGAUGUUUCCAAACCCACCGACCCAGUUUCAUAUGAUUUUGACCAACAACCCUGGAAACUGGAGUUUCGAGAUAUUCCGGAAGCAGGAACCCGAUCUGCUGUCACGGCUCGUGUCAUGGCCAGCGCCUCGCUGCCGCGGGGCGAUAUCGUCCCCGCCAUGAAUGCGUGGGGCUAUAGCUUUGUGACCGAGUAUGUGGUCGAGGGCGAUAUCUUUAUCCACAAAGACAUCACUAUCUUCUUGCAUCGGGUGCUGCAUUACCCUGCUACCGACCACGAGUCCCGUGUGCCUCGGCAGCAGCUUCCCGAGUUCAAAGAAAUGGCACCCCUGGAACAGACUGGGAGCUAUGUGUUGCAGGCAUCCAUCAAUGUUCAAGAUGGCAGCAACCAGGAGACCAUGAAGACGGCUUCCCAGCAUUUGUUCGGCCUGCGAGAACAGCUCAAAUCUGCUGUGAAGCUGGAGCAGGCGGAUCGUCUAUCACUAGAUACUAGAGCCAAGUAA